AUGAAACAUACGCGCGGCUUUCUUUGCUUCUCUGUAUGUAGACCUGUGAAUGUAUCUCAUUCCACUACUCUAUCCCCUUGGCCGCCACGGGGAGGGGGGCUGAGUCUAUACAAUUUCCAUCCCAUCGCUUUAUCCCUUUGUGCAACAUGCGACAUGAGGCCGGCUAUUGUUGGCGUAUACACAGGAAAGUAGAAAGAAACACAACUCGAAGUGAGAAAAAUCUCGGGCCCGAGAUUCAUGAUAACAAGCAGAUGAGCACACUCACCACACACCAUCCUCCAGCACCGAACGCCUCGCGAAACCGAAUCAGCCAGCCAGCCAACCAACCAAUUAAACCAACGUAACUAACCCCAAGGUAUUAAGUAGUUCAACAUGGGGGACGAAG